UUCUUGGAGACUGUGCUUUAGUCUAGCACACGGCGCUUUCCUUAAGCAGGUCUCUUCCACUUUCCCAUCUUCUUCCUCGUCAGGUCGUGCCAUGGAGCUGCGUUCGGAGCUGCCCAGCGUACCCGGCGCGGCGACCGCGGCGGCGACAGCGACGGGACCACCCGUGGCAUCAGUGGCGUCGGUGGCUGCGGCUGCAGCAGCGGCCGCGUCGCUACCAGUGAGUGUGGCAGGCGGCUUGCUGCGGGCGCCGCCGCUGUUGUUGAGGGCGGCGGAGAAGUACCCGCGGACCCCCAAGUGCGCACGCUGCCGCAACCACGGGGUGGUGUCGGCACUCAAGGGCCACAAGCGCUACUGCCGCUGGAAGGACUGCUUGUGCGCCAAGUGUACRCUCAUCGCGGAGCGCCAGCGCGUCAUGGCGGCACAGGUGGCGUUGCGCAGGCAGCAGGCUCAAGAGGAGAACGAGGCGCGCGAGUUGCAACUGCUUUAUGGCACUGCCGAGGGCCUGGCGCUGGCCGCCGCCAACGGCAUCAUCCCACCACGACCGGCCUACGAGGUCUUUGGCUCAGUGUGCGCCGCCGACGGCGGGGGGCCAGGAGCCGGAGCGCCCUCAGGGACCGGAGGUGGCUCAGCGGGCACAGGGGGCGCAGAAGCCAAGUUGCAGAAGUUUGACCUGUUCCCCAAGACACUGCUUCAGGCAGGCCGCCCGGGCAGCCCACAGCCACCGCAGGUGAAGCCCUUAUCGCCCGACGGCGCAGACUCGGGUCCCGGGACGUCGUCCCCAGAGGUGCGGCCCGGCUCAGGCUCGGAGAACGGCGACGGCGAGUCAUUUUCCGGGUCGCCCCUAGCCCGGGCCUCCAAGGAAGCUGGUGGCAGCUGCCCAGGUAGCGCGGGCCCUGGGGGCGGCGGCGAGGAAGACAGCCCGGGCUCCUCCAGCCCUCUGGGCUCCGAAUCCGGUUCCGAGGCUGACAAAGAAGAGACCGAGGUCGCGCCGGUUCCAGGACUGGGCGGAGGCCCUGGUUCACGGCAGCGGACGCCGCUGGACAUCUUGACGCGCGUCUUCCCGGGCCACCGGCGAGGAGUCCUGGAGCUGGUGUUGCAGGGCUGCGGAGGCGACGUGGUGCAGGCUAUCGAGCAAGUGCUGAACCACCACCGUGGAGGCCUGGCGGCCAGUCUGGGCCCCACUGGGAUCCCGGAUAAGGCUGCAGUGGGUGCAGCAGCAGCUGCCGACGACGCGUGGCCGGGCCGCGUGGACGCCGCUGCCGCUGGGGGGCCGCUGCCAGCGCCGCUGCAGGCUGGGCCCGCCGCACCCCCGCACCACAGACCCUUGCUGGCCGGCGCUAUGGCACCCGGGGCGUUGGGCUCGCUGAGCAGUCGCUCAGCCUUCUCGCCACUGCAACCCAAUGCCAGUCACUUUGGCGCGGAUGCGGGCGCCUACCCGCUGGGUGCACCUCUUGGCCUGAGCCCAUUGCGCCUGGCCUACUCCGCAGCGGCAGCACACAGCCGUGGCCUGGCCUUCAUGGCACCCUACUCCACCGCGGGCCUGGUGCCCACGCUGGGCUUCCGCCCGCCUAUGGACUACGCCUUCAGCGAUCUCAUGCGUGACCGCUCUGCCGCUGCCGCAGCGGCAGUGCACAAGGAGCCGACCUAUGGGGGCGGCCUAUACGGGCCUAUGGUCAAUGGCGCCCCAGAGAAGCAGUAGGACCAAGGGCCCAGCAGCCUGGCGGCUCCCAAACACUAACCCCAGCCUUGUUCCCGCGGGCCGCCGGCCCCACUUCUCCUGGCGCGCUCUUUGCGCCCUGGCUGGGGUCUUCUGGCUCGGAGAUGUUUUUUUUUUGGUUUUGUUUUGGAGAGUGGGUGAAAAGAGCUGAGCAAAGGGGAGCAUAUAGAGGUGCAGGUGUUCUUGUAGGGUGUGAAUGGCCUGGAUC